CGUAGGUUCCUUUAGCCUGUCUGAGAAGUUCUGUGUGGUUCCCACCAAUGGAGAGUGGGUAGGGCAUGCUGCCUUGUCCCACUUGCUGUUUGUUUGUUUUUGUGCCAAGAAGCCUAGUCAGGAGACUUGCUUUGGCCCAGAGGAUUCUCCCACAGGAAGCAAGAGAGGGUCUGCCAGCCGGCUUUUCUUUUGAUUUCCUGCCCUGUCUUUGGUGUUUGUUAAACCAGGAUGUGGAAGAGGUCAGAGUGAUGUCCUUUGGACUUGAGUAGGAAUCUGUUGACAAGCACCAAGCUUUUCAAGAUGGCCCUUCUCACAAUUCUUAGAAUUAUUCUUUGGGGAAUGGUGAUUUUUAUGGAACACAGGGUUCAAAUGGUAAAGGCAGGAUGGCCCUCCAUUACCCUCCCUGCCGACGACCCAACAUUGCCCUUGAAUCUGGAUCUUGCAAAAGAAGCCCCUGGCAAGGACAUAAAGCCACGGCCCCAAGGAUAUCCCCUGAGGUAUAUGCUAAAGUUAUACCAGCGUUCCGCUGACCUGCAUGGGCAUCCUAGGGAGAACCGCACGAUUGGAGCUAAAAUGGUGAGGCUGGUAAAGCCCUCAGCCAAUGCAGCAAGGCCUCUCAGAGGUCCCCGGCAUGUACAGAUCCUGGACUUUCCUCUAACAUCAAACCAGGUAGCAUACCAACUAAUCAGAGCCACUGUGGUUUACCGCCAUCAACUUCAUCUAGUUCAUUACCAUCUCUCCUGCCACGUGGAACCUUGGGUCCCAAAAUGCCUGCCCAACCACUUUCCUUCUUCAGAAGCACCUUCCUCAAAGUCAUCUCCAGUGUCUAAAGCUUGGACAGAAGUGGAUAUUACACACUGUAUUCAGCAGAGGCUCUGGAAUCGCAAGGGCCGGAGGGUCCUUCGCCUCCGCUUCAUGUGUCAGCAGCAAAAAGGCAGUGAGGUUCUUGAGUUCCAGUGGCAUGGUAUCUCAUCCUUGGAUGUCGCCUUCUUGCUGCUCUAUUUCAAUGACACUGACAGGGGUGUACAGACUAAAAUUCUUACACAAGGCCAAGAGGAGUUAACUGAUAGGGAAUCUUCUGUUCUCAUGCGGAGUGCCCGGCAAGCAUGCAGUAUUGCAUCUGAUGUCCCUUGUCACUCUAAGGAACAUGAUGGGUCUAUAAAUAACCAGUGUUCCCUCCACCCUUACAAGGUCAGCUUCCAUCAACUGGGCUGGGAUCACUGGAUCAUUGCUCCCCGUCUCUACACUCCAAAUUACUGUAGAGGAUUCUGCAGUCGUGUGCUACCCUAUGGUCUCAAUUCACCCAACCAUGCCAUUAUUCAGAGCCUCGUGAAUGAAUUGGUGAAUCACAGUGUACCUCAGCCUUCCUGUGUCCCUUAUAAGUUUCUCCCUAUGAGCAUUCUUCUGGUUGAGGCAAAUGGGAGUAUCUUGUAUAAGGAGUAUGAGGGUAUGAUUGCCCAGUCCUGCACAUGUAGAUAACAAUGAAGUUGUAGCUAUUUCAGAUUUCCUAAGAAAGUGGAGAAGAUAAAGAAAGCAUUAUUGGUGUUGAACCUGACAUUGAUCUACCAAGUCUACAGCUUCCAUUCCUUAUCUUAAAAAAAAAGAUUGUGCUUAUGCUUAAAAUAUAAGUGUACUUUAAAUUCUAUAUAAAUGUUAGGAUCACAUCUUAAUAUUUUUUUUAAAAAAAGUAAUUUAAAAUACCACAAAAUAGUUAUCUUUAGCAUUAUUUAAAGCCUUUCCUUCAUUUG